AUGAUAACAUUAACAGAUUUCUACCAUGUUAUGACAGCAAUGGUGCCACUUUAUGUAGCUAUGAUCUUAGCUUAUGGUUCAGUCAAAUGGUGGAAAAUCUUCUCUCCUGAUCAAUGUUCAGGAAUCAACCGUUUCGUUGCAUUGUUUGCAGUUCCUUUACUCUCAUUCCAUUUCAUAGCCUCUAACAAUCCAUACAAAAUGAACCUACGCUUCCUCGCCGCGGACACUCUGCAGAAAAUAAUUGUCUUAAUCGCUCUAUCCAUCUGGGCUACUUUCAGCAAAAGAGGUUGUUUGGAAUGGACUAUAACGCUGUUCUCCAUUUCCACUCUUCCCAAUACUUUGGUUAUGGGAAUACCUCUCUUGAAAGGAAUGUAUGGUGAAUUCUCAGGGAGUUUGAUGGUGCAAAUUGUGGUUCUUCAGUGUAUAAUUUGGUACACUUUGAUGCUCUUCAUGUUUGAGUAUCGAGGAGCGAGAAUGCUUAUCUCGGAGCAGUUUCCAGAUACUGCUGGAACCAUUGUUUCCAUUCAUGUUGAUUCUGAUGUGAUGUCGUUAGAUGGAAGACAGUGUUUGGAAACUGAAGCUGAGGUUAAGGAAGAUGGGAAGCUUCAUGUUACAGUGAGAAAAUCUAAUGCUUCGAGAUCGGAUAUAUAUUCAAGAAGAUCUCAUAAUUCUCAUGCAAACACAACACCUCGUGCUUCAAAUCUGACAAAUGCGGAGAUAUACUCUUUGCAAUCUUCAAGGAAUCCAACUCCAAGAGGGUCAAGUUUCAACCAUACAGAUUUCUAUUCAAUGAUGGGUCGUAAUUCCAACUUUGGUGCUUCUGAUUUGAAGGGAACAACACCAAGAAGUUCCAACUAUGAUCUUCCCACAACGGGGAAUACUUAUCCUGCGCCGAAUCCUGGAAUGUUCUCUCCCAGGAAUGUUGCUGCUAAGAAGGCUAAUAGUAACGGUCAAGUAGCUGUGAAAACUGAUGAUCUUCAUAUGUUUGUUUGGAGUUCAAGUGGUUCGCCGGUUUCUGAUGUGUUCGGUUCUCAUCUUGAAUAUGGAGGAACAGGAACAGGAACUGGAAAUGGAACUGCUGUUCAAGUUCAUCAUGAUCACAAACAAGUCAAGUUGAAUCUCUCUCCCAGAAAAGUGGAGGGUGAAGAGGAGUACAUAGAUGAGUCUAGGAAUGAGGAAAGUGGAAAGGGGAACCCAAAAGCUAUGCCACCAGCAAGUGUAAUGACAAGGCUAAUAUUGAUAAUGGUUUGGAGAAAACUUAUCAGAAAUCCAAACACAUAUUCCAGCAUUAUAGGUUUAACUUGGUCACUAGUUUCAUUCAGGUGGAAUAUUGAAAUGCCUGCUAUCAUAGCAAAAUCUAUUUCUAUAUUAUCAGAUGCAGGACUUGGCAUGGCCAUGUUCAGUCUUGGUCUUUUUAUGGCUUUGCAACCAAGGAUCAUAGCAUGUGGUAAUUCUGUAGCAACUUUUUCAAUGGGAGUUAGAUUCCUUACUGGUCCAGCUGUCAUGGCAGCUGCUUCCAUUGCUGUUGGUCUUAGAGGAACCCUCUUGCAUGUUGCCAUUGUUCAGGCAGCUCUUCCACAAGGGAUUGUCCCAUUUGUUUUUGCCAAGGAAUACAAUGUGCAUCCUGAUAUUCUCAGCACAGGGGUAAUUUUUGGGAUGUUGAUUGCAUUGCCCAUAACGUUGGUUUAUUACAUCUUGUUGGGGCUAUGA